CCUGAGCCGCAUGGCCACAGAACCCAGGUGGAGAGGAGAGCGGAUAUCCUUAAGGAGGGCGUUGGGAUGGGGCACCAGGCCGAACGGGAGAGAUUUAGGACCUGGGAGAGCCAUGGGAGACGGGGAACUCAGGAGAUAGCGGUCAGCCGGGCCACCCCUGCGCGGGGCCUGGGAGACCGCAAGCACUCAGCAGGAAUGCGCGUGUGGUGGUUGCCAUACCAACAUACAAGUCAGCACACACCCUCCUCUGAAGGAAAAGGGAAAGUGGUGGUGGCGGGGGAUGGGGGAUUUCAUUCUCCUGAGGUCCAAAUUCGUCACGCGGAUGUUGCACGAGGGAACGAAUCCCCCAAGUCCUUUGGAGGCAGAGCGCAAGUCGCAUCGCGCUUCGGAGCCUCGGUUUCUGCAUCUAGCAAAUGAAGACAAGAUUAUUGGUUCCGAGUGCCCCCGAACAGUUUUAUGGAGAGUAACGGUCCGGGCCAGCACCCCGUUCUAGCUGCCCAUCCAAGGAGUGGUUUUGAGCCCCUAGAUGACACCUGCGACCCCACCCCGCCCCCAGGCCUGGUCGCCAUGGCCCUGCUCCUGGCCCUCUUCCUAGCGCUCCUGGCAGGUGCCCAUGCCGAGCUCCCGGGCUGCAAGAUCCGCGUCACCUCCGCGGCGCUGGAGCUGGUGAAGCAGGAGGGGCUGCGCUUUCUGGAGCAAGAGCUGGAGACCAUCACGAUCCCGGACCUCCACGGCAAAAAGGGCAAUUUCUACUACAACAUCUCCGAUGUGAAGGUCACACAGCUGCAGCUGAUCUCCUCGGAGCUCCACUUCCAGCCGGACCAGGAGCUGUUGCUGCACAUCUCCAACGCAUCCCUGGGGUUGCACUUCCGGAGGCAGCUUCUCUACUGGUUCUUCUAUGAUGGAGGCUACAUCAAUGCCUCGGCCGAGGGCGUGUCCAUCCGCACAGGUCUGCAGCUCUCCCAAGAUCCCACUGGUCGGAUUAAAGUGGCCAAUGUCUCCUGUGAGGCCUCUGUCUCUAGAAUGGAUAUGGCCUUCGGGGGGACCUUCAGGGGGAUAUAUAACUUCUUCUCCACAUUCAUCACUUCUGGGAUGCGGUUCCUCCUCAACCAGCAGAUCUGCCCUGUGCUCUACCAUGCUGGGACGGUGCUGCUCAACUCUCUCCUGGACACGGUGCCCGUGCGGAGUCCUGUGGAUGAGCUUGUCGGCAUUGACUAUUCCCUUGUGAAGGAUCCUGUGGUCUCCAACGGCAACCUGGAUAUGGAAUUCCGGGGAACAUUCUUCCCCCUGACUGAGGGGAACUGGAGCCUCUUCAACAGGGCAGUGGAGCCACAGUUGGAGGAGGAGGAGCGGAUGGUGUAUGUGGCCUUCUCUGAGUUCUUCUUCGACUCUGCCAUGGAGAGCUACUUCCAGGCGGGAGCCCUGGAGCUGACGCUUGUUGGUGACAAGGUGCCCAGUGACCUGGACAUGCUUCUGAGGGCCACCUAUUUUGGGAGCAUUGUUCUCCUGAGCCCCUCAGUGAUUAACUCCCCACUGAAGCUGAGGCUGCAGGCCGUGAGCCCCCCACGCUGCACCAUCAAGCCCUCGGGCGCCACCAUCUCCGUCACUGCCAGUGUGACCAUCACCUUGGCCCCGCCCAUGUUGCCGGAAGUCGAGCUGUCCAAGAUGAUCAUGGAAGCCCGUCUCAGUGCUAAGAUGACACUGCGAGGCAAGGCACUGCGAACGAAGCUGGACCUUCGCAGGUUUCAAAUCUACUCGAAUCAGUCAGCGCUGGAGUCUCUGGCCCUGAUCCCACUGCAGACCCCGCUGAAGACACUGCUGCAAAUUGGAGUGAUGCCCAUGCUCAAUGAGCGCACCUGGCGUGGGGUGCAGAUCCCCCUCCCUGAGGGCAUCAAUUUUGUGCGUGAGGUGGUGACGAAUCACGCGGGCUUCCUCACCGUUGGGGCUGACCUCCACUUUGCCAAAGGGCUUCGAGAAGUGAUUGACAAGGGCCGUCCCGCCAUCGUUGUGGACUCCGGCGUCCCUCCACCCUCGACAGCAGCUGCCUGAGUCCUUCCUCCCACCCGGGAGCUGGCGUUGAGGAACUGUGUCUUCUCAGCAGCGGCCCUCCCCCUUCCCAUUCACAGCCAGUAGUGUCCCCAGUGCCACAGAGAAGAAUUCGGUUUGAAGCUAUACCCGAUUUAAUUUCAUGAUCAGUCAACUGUCAAUUACAAUCCAUCCAUCCCUCUCCA